AUGUUAACAAAGGCAUAUAGUGAGUCUGCUAUAAGUAAAACAAGAGUUUACAAGUGGUAUAAGAGUUUCCAAGAUGGCCGUGAAGACGUUGAAGAUUACGAACGCCCCAUACGCAUAAGCACAUUAACAACCGAUAAAAACAUGGAAAAAGUGGAAAAUGGUGUUACAUUAGAGAAGGCAACGCGGAUUAUGUCCUUCAUGUCCUCUAAUGUUGUAGGCGCAAUUGCCAUCAUUGAUAAAACCCCAAAGGAAAUAAUCCAGAGGGGUCAAAUCAGGCGACCCAGCAGGGCAAUUGACCGGACCAGCUCGACCAAUCUACCUAUUUUGAAAAAUUGCAUUCAAAUAGGGUCGGGCCUCAAUACCAUAAUGUGGUGGAGCUCCAUCCUGCUGAAACCACAUAUCCUUUCAUGGUACGACUAUAAGCUACGAUGGGAGCCAAAGGAGUACGGGGGGGUACACAUGCUGCAUGUACCCUCGGAUCACAUAUGGAGACCAGACAUCGUCCUAUAUAAUAAGAUAAAGAAAAAUAUGCGGGAUAAACAAGGCAAUAUGGAGAGUGCAUCUUUCAAUACCGAUAUCCCGAGAAAACAGGAAUUCGGCUCAAUGCCGAUUAAGAUUAGACUAAGUGGAAAGCGAAUGAAAAGAGAGGAGGAGGAGGACAUUUUCCUCCUUGGAGAGUGUGGAGAACGAUUGUUCCUGGAAGACGUAUCGAUUCCUGGGAAUUUCUCACGUAGUUCCUCUUCUGUUUCAUACUCCCCUUUCCCCUUCGAAAACGAGAAACUAGGUCAGGAGAUGGCAAAAAGUAAAAGUGAAAAUUAUUUCGACAAAACAGGAAACAAAAAUUAG